UUUUAGGAAACGGAAGUCGUAAUGUUUACAAACGAGCUAACAGCCAGCAUGCUAACAGAGAGGUGAGCUAUGCUUUCCUGGUCCAAUGCGGCUCUUACAGGUAUUAUCCGGGUUGAAAUUACUGCGUUCAAUCUUUUAACUGUGGGGGGGUUUGUCUCGAGUCUCAUCCGGCGGUCAGAGGCUCAAAGCCGGUUCACGCGGACUCGUCUGCUCGGAACAACCACCUGGGAGAGAAGGUGCUUCUCCGGAGGCAGACAAAUGCCAAGAAAGGAGAUGAAAGGAAAGCCGGUGGCGGCGGCUGGAAGCGCCGCAGCUCAGACACGAGCUGCAGGUCCAGUUACUGCGGACAAAAGUGGAGCUGUCACCGUGAGCGUGCACGUGAAGCCCGGCUCCAAGCAGAGCGCCAUCACAGAUGUCUCUGCAGAGGCCGUGGGAGUCUCCGUUGGAGCUCCACCUACAGACGGAGAAGCAAACACAGAGCUCAUCCGGUACCUGGCAGACGUUCUGGACCUCAAGAAGAGCCAGAUAUCGCUCAGCAAGGGCUCCAGAUCCAGAGACAAACUCAUCAGAGUGGACUCCUCUCUCAGUCAGGACGAGGUGCUUAGGAGGCUACAGGAGGCUGUUGGCUAACCAAGGGAGAGAGGCUAGACCGUAGGACACCAGUCCUCUGUUUAUCUCCUUCCUCUGUCAGGUCUCUCAUUGUUUCAAAAGUUUAGAAAAUCUUUAAAAAGAUGCAGGAUUAUUCUUUUGUCGACAACAAUUUCUGGAUUAACAGGUGAGAGGAAGUUCUAAUCCCUGAAAACACAAACUUCAAAUAUUUUGUAAAUAAACGUGUGGCUUUUUUUAAAAACUGA